UAGCAUUAUAAUGACACACAAAUCACUGAGAUCACCUCCCAUGGCGGCAGAUCACAACAAUAACAGUACCUACAUUUCUUCUGCCUCCACCUUCCCAUUUCUCAGCCCGAACCGAUCCAUGGAGCUCCAACACCUCCCUCGCAAACCUAAGCUCCAAGUCUCUCCUACUCUGCGUGAACUCUUACAGUUCGGGUCGGAUCAAAACCACCACCACAACUACUCUGAUCACCAAGUCAUCGACCUUAACGACGACGUUUCGACUCGAACGUCUUCUCCUUUUGUACUCGCAUUCACUAACCUCACGUACAGCGUCAAAGCGCAGAAGAAACUUACUGUUCUCCCUUCAUUUCUUAACCGUGAUUCAAGUGAAAAGGUUUUGAACACGAAGGUCUUGUUGAACGGUAUUUCUGGCGAGGCGAGAGAAGGCGAGAUCAUGGCGGUUCUCGGAGCCAGUGGCUCCGGGAAGUCCACGUUAAUCGAUGCGCUCGCUGAUCGUAUCGCCAAGGGAAGCUUGAAAGGCACGGUAACGCUGAAUGGAGAGGCGUUGGAGUCGAAACUUAACAAAAUCAUCUCGGCUUACGUCAUGCAAGAUGACCUGUUGUUUCCGAUGUUAACCGUGGAGGAAACGCUGAUGUUCUCUGCCGAGUUUCGUCUCCCACGGAGCCUAAGUAAGUCGAAGAAGAAAGCCAGAGUGCAGGCGCUGAUCGAUCAAUUAGGCCUAAGGAAUGCUGCCAAGACGGUGAUUGGAGACGAAGGGCACAGAGGAGUUUCUGGUGGAGAAAGGCGUCGCGUGUCGAUUGGAAUCGACAUUAUUCAUGAUCCAAUCGUGCUAUUCCUGGACGAGCCUACGUCGGGGCUUGAUUCCACGAGUGCGUUUAUGGUGGUUAAGGUGUUGCAGAGAAUUGCGCAGAGUGGAAGCAUAGUGAUCAUGUCGGUUCACCAGCCUAGUUCGCGGAUUAUGAAAUUACUAGACCGGUUAAUUUUCCUUUCGAGAGGGAACACUGUGUUUAGUGGUCCACCAGCGGCACUGUCACAUUAUUUUGCGCAAUUUGGGAAUCCGAUCCCAGAGAAGGAGGAUAGAAUUGAGUUUACGCUUGAUUUGAUUCGCGAACUUGAAGGAACGCCUGGUGGAACCAAGAGAUUAGCUGAUUUUAGCCGAGCCUGGCAAACAAAACAGAGUCCUAAUUCAACCGCCACGACGAGUGGUGUGAAGUUGUCGCUAAGAGAUGCAAUUAGCGCAAGCAUUUCGAGAGGGAAGCUUGUGUCUGGCGCCACAAAUAGUACUAAUCUCGGAGCUGAGAAUUUGUCGUCCUCGGUUCCAAGGUUUGCCAAUCCUUUGUGGAUUGAAAUGGUGGUGAUUGCGAAAAGGUCUUUGAAGAAUUCAUGGAGAAUGCCGGAACUAUAUGGAAUGAGAUUAGGCGCGAUUGUCGUAACUGGAACUAUUCUUGCCACUAUGUUCUGGAACCUGGAUAACACACCGAGAGGCGUUCAGGAAAGAGUAGGCUUCUUCGCCUUCGCGAUGUCCACGACAUUUUACACAUGUGCUGAGGCCAUGCCCGUGUUUCUUCAGGAACGUUACAUUUUCAUGAGAGAAACCGCUUAUAAUGCUUAUAGGCGUUCCUCUUAUGUUCUCUCUCAUUCAAUUAUCACUAUACCUUCACUGAUGUUCCUCUCUCUAGUUUUCGCGGUCAUUACUUUCUGGCCUGUAGGCUUAGCAGGUGGCCUAUCCGGCUUCAUGUUCUACUUCUUGUUCAUUUUCGCUGCAUUUUGGGCAGGAAGCUCUUUCGUCACGUUCCUCUCAGGCAUCGUGGCACAUGUAAUGUUAGGCUACACCGUGGUGGUGGCGGUUCUGGCCUAUUUCUUAUUGUUUAGUGGAUUCUUUAUUACUCGUGAUCGGAUUCCAGGUUACUGGAUAUGGUUCCAUUAUCUUUCUCUAGUGAAGUAUCCUUACGAAGGUGUGCUGCAAAAUGAAUUUCAUGACCAGACGAAAUGUUUUGUUCGGGGGAUUCAGAUAUUUGAUAAUUCUCCUCUGGUGUCGGUGCCUGACGCGUUGAAGCUAGAGCUGCUCAAGGAUUUGAGUAAAACUUUGGGGGCAAAUAUCACCAGCACCACCUGUCUGACCACUGGUUUGGAUAUACUGAAACAACAAGGGGUGACUGAUCUAAGUAAGUGGGGUUCCUUGUGGAUUAUUGUGACUUGGGGCUUCUUCUUCAGGUUUCUGUUCUACUUGUCAUUGUUGUUGGGAAGCAAAAACAAAAGGAGGUAAUGCUGGUGCACCUCGAUUUCUUGUUGCGGAGAAGAGUUGCAGUUGUACAGAGAAACUUAAAUCUCUUUGGCUAAAAGUUACAAAAAUAAAAUUUUAAAUAUCCGAAGAAGUGGUGGUUGUUUUGUUAUAGAAUUACAUUUCCUGUAUGAAAGUAAUCGAAUGUAGUAGUGUUGUGGAGUAUAGUUUGGUUUAGGUAACAUCUGGUUAUAAUAUGGAUAAUGGAGUUGUAAUGUGUUUAUUGGAAUGUGUUUGGUGUAAGGUUUUCUGGCGACCAAAGAUUGCCAUACAGCCAUUUUCUGAAUGACAUUAGUCCAUUAACAAA